GUGGACUAUUUGAAUGAUUCUUACUACGGAACCGUCAAUCGGAUCUGUCAACUAUUUCCCCUAUUUUUUACAACACAGUGGCUGAACUCCGUUGGCUUCACUCACCAAAUACAGAGACCGAAGUUCUAGCGCGAUCUGUACAGGGGACUCAAUGGCCAUAUGUUUAUGUGUAUUAAGGUCAGAUAAAACAGGGCAGUGAAGUUGCGCGACAGCCGAGCUGAACUCCGUUGGCUUCACUCACCAAAUACAGAGACCGAAGUUCUAGCGCGAUCUGUACAGGGGACUCAAUGGCCAUAUGUUUAUGUGUAUUAAGUUCAGAUAAAACAGGGCAGUGAAGUUGCGCGACAGCCGAGAUUGAACAAAAAAGAUGGUGCCCCAUGUCUGCGCACCUAUUCACUUUAGAUCUACACACGAUUCAGGGAUCUUGAUGAGAAAGGCUGCAUUUUGAGGUCGUCGCAUGAAAUGCUCAAAAUUCAUUAUUUUUUCCACCAAUGACUAGAGUGAGCAAGCACAAUGCCCAGAAGAUUUGCAGCUGGUGAUGCAGUGAUGGCCAAGUGGCCAGGCAGCAAUCUAUGGUUCAAAUCUAAGAUCCUGAAUGUAAAUGAUGAUGGAUAUGAAGUCAAAUAUGAAGAUGGUACAGUAGAAGAAAUCCCAUCUACUGAUGUCAAGUUGGAAUCCUUCUUUAGAACGAGGUCACGCUCCAGGUCAAGGUCACCGGGCAGAAGACGAUCUCGGUCACCAGCUCGCAAAUUAUCCCCUUCCAGGACACAGCAGAAGAAGUCUAGGAGUCCAGCAAGAAAGCCAGAGAAGAAAGAGGUAGUAGAAACACCAGUAUCGAGAACACAAGAGAAAAGAACAGAAUCAAAAAUCUCCAGAGUUGUCGGUAAUUUGACAUUUCGGAGUCCAUUUAAAAAAACUGCAAAGACACAGACAGUGAUCAAGACUGAGCAACAUACAUACACAACCAGAGCACAGACAAGAUCAGGCAAACAACAGCUAGAAAUACCUGCAGAGAUGAAGUCAGGAAGAGUUCCUAAAACCACACACUAUGAAUUUGGAGGUCCAAUAGGUACCUUCUUCAUGAUCCUUGGUAUACCAUUGACAGUGUAUUACCUGUAUUUCACAUGUCAACCAUCAGGAUGUCAGCUAUCCUACAAACCACCAAUCUCACUUGAUUGGAGGGAUUACUAUGAUCAAGAAGCCUAUCUAUUCUACAUUGGAUGGUUUUUCUUCCAAGUCAUCCUUGGUCUCCUUCCAGUUGGCAAGAUUGUACAAGGUCAGCCUCUGAGAUCAGGAAAGAGAUUGAGCUACAGGACUAAUGGCUUGUUUGCUCUGGUUGUGACAUGUGCAACCUUUGGAGCCAUGGUCUACUACAAGUGUCCUGUGACUUUGAUUGUGGAUAAGAUCCUACCUUUGAUGACAGCAGCUACACUCUUCUCUGUCUUCCUCAGUCUCUUCCUGUAUAUCAAGGCCAGGAGAGGACCAAACAGUGCUCUUGCUGCAGGAGGAAACUCUGGCAAUUUCUUCUAUGACUUCUUCAUGGGUCAUGAGCUGAACCCUCGAUUUGGAAGCCUCGACCUCAAGUUCUUCUGUGAGCUACGUCCUGGACUAUUUCUUUGGGCUCUGAUCAACAUGGCAUGCUUGAUGAAGGUAUGGACUGAAUUCCCUGAUAAUCCUCCAUGGAACCUCAUCUUGGUCUGUGUCUUCCAGUUCCUCUAUGUCUUUGAUGCUUUGCUUUAUGAGUCUGCCAUCCUGACUACGAUGGACAUCAUCCAAGAUGGCUUUGGAUUCAUGCUUGUCUUUGGUGAUUUGGCCUGGGUACCAUUCACAUACAGUCUUCAAGCUCGUUACUUAGCUGAUCACCCACCUGCCUUCCCAGAUUAUUGCCUCAUCCCAGUGGCUUUGCUCUUCUCCCUUGGAUACUUCAUCUUCCGUAUGUCCAACAGUCAGAAGAAUUCUUACAGACAAAACCCUUAUGGAAAGAGUGUUGCAGGUCUACAGACGAUUCCAACCGAUACAGGCAAGAGGUUGUUGGUAUCAGGAUGGUGGGGCUUUGUACGUAAACCUAACUAUCUGGGUGAUCUGCUCAUGGCAUUAUCAUGGUCACUAUGCACAGGUUUUGUAAGCAUCGUGCCAUACUUCUACCCAAUCUAUUUCUUCAUCCUCCUUGUUCAUCGGGAACGACGUGAUGAUGCAUCCUGCAGGCAGAAGUAUGGAGGAGCUUGGGCUAAGUAUUGUGCUACCGUCAAGUACAGGAUGAUUCCUUACAUUUACUAGACAAUCUCUCUCUCUCAGAGCCUCAUUCCAGCCAUAAGACAUUGGUGCUUAGCCAUUGAAGUGUGAUUGUUUUUUGUUGUUUUUUAGCUACUCAAAAUUGUGGAUGCAUUCCUUUCUCUACUCCAAGCCUUGCUGCACCAGUUGGAUUUUACUAACUACCUACUCAGGAUAUGACAUAUUCAUCCAUUUUAUGAUGCUAAAAAUUAAGGAUAGUUCUCUCUCGUCUCAUGCUGACUGAUAAAAUGAACUUGUUUUCAGGAAGAAGUCAUAGGAGAGAAAGAUAAAUGUAGUUUUCAAUAAGCCCUGGCCUAUUACGAUCAAAUUCAUCUUGAAUGCCAUCCACACUGGUGUUCAUGUAUUACUUACAUUUGACUUGCUUGUGAUUGAAGUGUUUAUGCAACAGGACCCUACUUUCAAAUAAUUCACUCUCUUUAUAUGAGGUAAUAUUCCCAUUAUUCGGAAGUGUUUAUUUUCAUAAAAUAGUCUUUGAAAUCAUUCAAUUUUUUCUGAAUACCUGAUGCUGUAUUGUGGUUUCUAGAAUGUCAGUUAACAUAAUGAAAAUUAGAUUUGCAAAGCUAGAAAAAAAAAGAUAUAUACAUCACUAAGCUAGAAGCUCUUGACAGCAAGUCAUAAAACCGUCCCAGUACAAGUUCACUAAUAUCCUGGAAGAUAUUGAUAUGAUGUCCAGGGGCGGUAUUCUGAACAUUGUCUUUUCUCCAUAUUUUAUCUUAUCUCAGAGAUAUGACAAAAUCGGUAUUCUGGUGGAUGUCAUAUCUUUUGUCACAAAAAUUGUCAUAAAUUUCGUCUCUUCUUUUUAGCGCGCACCAAAAACACGCGGCUUUAAAUGCGCGUAAUCCUUUUAUUCAAGCAAAAGAUAUGACAAAAGUUAUGACAGGGGGGUAGCAGUCAUAAAUUUUGUCAUAUCUUUUAGCACCAAAUAUCCCGAUACCCUGCCGACUGAAUGUCAAGCAUAUAAUGAUAUUAUUUAGAUUAGAUUGUGGUAUUAGUUUCACUCAUCAACCAUGACAAUUUUCAAAAUUAUAUUUUCAUGCUACAAUUAGUUAGGCCCUACAUAUUAAAUUCCUCCUUUUUCCUUUGUUUUUCUUCUUUUUCUACUUCUCCUCUUAAAUCCUUCACAGCUCCCUGUCUCUCUUUUUAAUUAAGCGCAUUAAUAUACGCGUAGUUGCGCGAUGCCAGCAACUGCAUUGGGGAUACGCCCUACCUGCCACGGGGCCUUCCUAUUGGCUAGAAGGGCUCCCACUGGGAACUAACGAUGAUUUUGAUUGGUUUGCUUCCGAAAAGUUGGGCGGGAACUUUGAGGGAUAUGACAAGGAAAAGACAAUGUUCAGAAUACUGAUUUGUGACAAUCAUAGCGGUGUCACAUCUCGGAGAGAAAUGACAAAAUUUAUGACAAAAGUUAUGACAGUGUUCCAAAAUACCACCCCAGAGUUUCAAAAGUUUGAUGACGGUCAUAAUCAUUGAGUGGUAUUCUUCUUUUCUUUUUUUUUUUUUUUUCCUCCUUAUAGUUCAAUGUAGAUUAAUUCAGUACAUCUCAAUUGAUCACAUUCACAGAAGAAAUGAGUAAAUUAAUGCACCACCCCAGAUGUAAAGUAUGUAAAUAUGUACAGUACUUUUAUUGUGCCCAUUCCAAAGAUUAUGCAGAUAAGCUGUGACAUGCAAAUUUAAAAAAAGUCAAGAUGGUUUCUUUUUAAACCAUGACUUAAUCAGUAUUUCUUAAUUGGUUAAGUGUUGUAAUUGUGCAUUCCUUAUUAUAAGUCUGAACUGAGUUAUGAUAGCUUAAUAAAUGCAGAUAAUGCUAAUGAUUAUAUUUUGAUGGUUAUGGUAAUUUAAACUAAAUACAGGUGAAUCUGCCCAAGUAAAAUCUCUGGAUCUUAUGCAAGAGAAUUGCACACAAAAAUAGUAACAAUGUGUAUGUAGCCUUUGCUCAAACGUAUUUAUUGAAUGCACUGUAGAUGGCUUCCAACAAAUUCAUUACAGAGUGUGUGAUGUGCACAUAAUAUUACUCUAUUUGAGUGCCAUAUGAACAUUGAAUUGCAGUUGGUUUGUAUUUCAUGCUAUUUACCAAUAUUGUUUGUUUGUUAUCAAUAUGCAUGUCUAAUGUCAUUAUUAAAAUCUGAUAAUAGUAGUUUAUUAGAACUUGAAAUUUAUCCACCUUAUUCUUUUCAUCAGAAUUUAGAAUACUUUCAUUCAUUUUAGCCAAACAUUUGAUUUCAUCAAGAGUAAAUGUUCGAAGCUGCUAUAUGUAUGUUGCCUAAGAACAGUAUGAGCCAAGUAUGCCUUGAAUUACAAAAAUAAUAAUUACAAAACUGAAAUAUUUAUUGAUAACAGUACAAAUGAACUUUUGGUAGGUAUUGAAAUGAACUAUUUGGCAAUACACUAUACAAUUGAUUCUUCUGAAUCAACUUUUAUUAGACAUUCAUUACAAGUGAACGGGCUAUGUACAUACAAUUCCUGUAAAUAGAGAUUGUGUAAAUAUAUUUGUACAAUUUAAAUGGACAUUCUGUGAAUCUGGUGUAAUGCAUUUAUUUUACUACUUUUAUCUUGUAUUCAUUCAGGGACAUAAAAUGCAUAGAUUCAUUUAUGACUCUAAUUAUAGAAUCCUUAUAAUUAUUAUUCAAUAGAAUUCCUUGUCUCUUGAUAUUUUUCCAAUUGAUUUUGAUAAAUGUCAUGUCUUUUGUUAAUAUUAUUUAUGUGUCUAAGCACUAAUGAUCGUUUAAAUAAGCUUGUCAAUACCUACUUUGUAUGCAAGUGAAAGUAGUUAAAUAACAACAUAUGGACUUAACAUGGUUUUCAUGAAUUCAAUUCUUUGGUAAAUGGUAAUAUACAUUUUCAGUGUGUUUUAUCAAUGCAUUUUCCCCUUCUUUUUUUUAUUUUUAUUUUUGGUUUCCUCAUGAAUAAAAACACAAGAUGUAUCAACAGACCUGUAAUGUACAUUGUAUGAAAUUAUAAUGGCAUUGUGGUAAAUAAAUGUGUGACUUAGUUUUAAA